AGACAGAGAGGUCAUGUGGGGAGACUGGAGGCAAGAGAGAUUUAGGGGAGGUGCCAGGCUCACUGACAACAACCCAGUCUCGGGACCUCUCCCAAGAGUGAGAGCACUCCUUAAGAGAAGCCCCGGUCCUUUUAAAGGCUCCUAAAGAUUAAAGGUAUUCCACCUCUCAACACGGCCACACUGGGGACCAAGCCUCCGGCACAUGACUGCUUGGUGACAAAACAUCCCCAACCACAGCAACCAGCCAGAAGUCUGUACGACAUGCAGUUAGGAAGGAAGGUCACCGACAGGCCGGAGUCGUGAGCUGGCGAGAAUGUGAACUCUAGGAAAGCCCGAAGGUUUCGCCUGCUUGGGCUAGGCCCACCCUGGGUCUUUUUCCUUUAUUUUUUUAAAUUGUUGAUGAGCCUUUAUUUUAUUUACUUAUUUAUUUAUAUGCGGUACUGAGAAUCAAACCCAGUGCCUCACACUUGCGAGGCAGGCACUCCACCACUGAGCCACACCCCAGCCCCGAUUUUCCUUUUGACCAAGUCGGAGUCCACUGAGGAGGGACCUCACUGUGCAGCAGCCUUCCCGGCAGCACCCAGGCGGAUGCGUCACUGACAACCGAGGAGCGGUGGAGGAGCCCGUGCCCGAUGACCGCUACCAUGCCAUCUACUUCGCCAUGCUGCUGGCCGGCGUGGGCUUCCUGCUGCCCUACAACAGCUUCAUCACCGACGUUGACUACCUGCACCACAAGUACCCAGGCACCUCCAUUGUGUUCGACAUGAGCCUCACCUACAUCUUGGUGGCGCUGGCCGCUGUGCUCCUGAACAACGUCCUGGUGGAGAGGCUGAACCUGCACACCAGGAUCACCACGGGCUACCUCCUAGCCCUGGGUCCCCUGCUCUUCAUCAGUGUCUGUGACGUGUGGCUGCAGCUCUUCGCACACGACCAGGCCUAUGCCAUCAACCUGGCUGCCGUGGGUACCGUGGCCUUCGGCUGCACAGUGCAGCAAUCCAGCUUCUAUGGGUACACGGGGAUGCUGCCCAAGAGGUACACGCAGGGGGUGAUGACUGGGGAGAGCACCGCAGGGGUGAUGAUCUCCCUGAGCCGCAUCCUCACCAAGCUGCUGCUGCCGGACGAGCGCGCCAGCACGCUCAUCUUCUUCCUGGUCUCGGUGGGCCUGGAGCUGCUCUGUUUCCUGCUGCACCUGCUGGUGCGCCGCAGCCGCUUUGUGCUCUACUACACCACGCGGCCGCGCGACAGCCGAGGCUGCCGGGCAGGCUACCGUGUGCACCACGACGUCGCCGCCGGGGACAUCCACUUUGAGCACCAAGCCUCGGGCCUGGCCAACAGCGACUCCCUGGACAGCCCUGCCCACGAGGUGGCCGGCAGUGGCGGGGCCUACAUGCGCUUUGACGUGCCUCGGCCCCGCGUCAAGCGGAGCUGGCCCACCUUCAGAGCUCUGCUGCUGCACCGCUACGUGGUGGCCCGGGUCAUCUGGGCCGACAUGCUGUCCAUCGCGGUGACCUACUUCAUCACACUGUGCCUGUUCCCUGGCCUGGAGUCCGAGAUCCGCCACUGCGUGCUGGGCGAAUGGCUGCCCAUCCUGGUCAUGGCUGUGUUCAACCUCUCGGACUUCGUGGGCAAGAUCCUGGCCGCCCUGCCCGUGGACUGGCGGGGCACCCACCUGCUGGCCUGCUCCUGCCUGCGCGUGGUCUUCAUCCCCCUGUUCAUCCUGUGCGUCUACCCGAGCGGCACGCCUGCCCUCCGCCACCCGGCCUGGCCCUGCAUCUUCUCCCUGCUCAUGGGCAUCAGCAACGGCUACUUCGGCAGCGUGCCCAUGAUCCUGGCGGCAGGCAAAGUGAGCCCCAAACAGCGCGAGCUGGCAGGGAACACCAUGACGGUGUCCUACAUGUCUGGGCUGACCCUGGGCUCCGCCGUGGCCUAUUGCACCUACAGCCUCACCCGCGAUGCCCACAGCAGCUGCCUCCGCUCCGCCAAUGGCUCCAUCUCUGCUGGCCCCUGAGUCAGGACAAUGCAGGCUGCUGGCCCUGCCUGCUGCCCAGGGAGGGCUGCUCAGGCUAACGAGGACCCUGAGGCCUGAGGCCCCCUCCCUGUCCUGUCCCUGCCUGCAGUGCCUGCGGGGCCCCGGCCUCCGACCUUGCCAGUAACGCCACCUCUCUGGGUCCAGCAGCCUGGAGCGUGUUUGUGACCCAGGGCUCUGCUCAGCACUGUGUCCUGUCCAGCCUCACACCCGUCCUCCCGUCUACCCAGUGGUCCCAACUCUAGCCAGGACAGCACUCUGCAGGGUCAGACCCAGCCUUGCCCACCCAGGAUGGCAGAAAGCCAUCCCGUCCCUGGCACCAGCUGGGGGUGCCCUAUUUCAAACACUAGUGCUCCCAAACACAGUGCCCUUGCCCAGGGGGUGGCACCUCUGGGUCUGCACUGGCCUCUCCGUGUGCGCAGCACAGCUGGCCUGGGCAGCUGCCCGUACUGAGGUCUCCAGUGCACCCUGAUGCACAGGCCAGGGGCUGUGCCUAGCAGGGGUGUCCCCAUUGCCCCCUGGUUGUUCUCAGAACAUAACAAGGGACAGGUGUCAGGACCACAAAGUAGGCCCUCUUGGCUGAAGUGGCCUCUUGACCCAGCGAGGCUCAAGGAGGGACAAGUGGAGUCCAAGAGUCCCUGCCAAGUAGGGAGGGGCUAGAGGGCUCUUUCAGUCAUCAGGCUGGUUUUGGGGUGUCCUGCCAAGGACGGUUUUUCCUGGGGAGGUCACCGGUCCUUCACAUCCCUGGUCCCAGCUGUGAUUGCCGUGUCCUGUCCCCUGCUGUGUCCUGUCCACAUGCGUGUCCUCUAACUGUACCGCACUGGCCAUUAAAAGAUGACGGCAGAGACUGCC